AAUGAACAACUCUCAAAAAAGUAAAACAGUUCGAUCUGGUUCAGCAAGAGUAAAAUCAGCAAUUGAAAGAGCUGGUUUAAUUCAAUAAAGAGAGUAAUUGAGAGAGAUGUUGAUUAGCAAAUUUUCAAAAGAUUUUGCUUAAGGUAACAAGAAAAAAGAAGGGUUAAUUUAGUAAAUAGUUAAUGAAUACUUCGCGAAUGAGCAAGUAUCAAGAAUACAUCAUGUUAGGUUACAGAAAAUUCUUUAAAAUAACUGAAGGCAAGAGUAUAAGAGGCAUUAAAAAAAUAACAACAUGAAAGUUAAAUUUAAUAAAACCCAUCUUAAAACAUUGAAUUUGACAAGAGAAGUGAAUAGAUAUCAUAAAACCUUCGACCAUAAUCUGUAAAGAAUUCAGUAAGAUCUGAAAGAGAUGCAGAUUAAUAUUCUGUAACGUCUUCAUAAUUUGAAAAACAACCAAAAUCAGUAUAUGUGGUAGAUGAAGAGGAUGAGUGGGCUGCUUUAGUAAAAUUCGAUACAGAGCUUCAUAGUAAAGAACGAUAAUUAGAAAUGUAGAGAUAAGCUGAGUUUAAAAAAAAAAUGAAAGCAGAACUAGAUAGAUAAUUAGAAGAGAAAAGAAGGAGAUUAGAAGGAGAGAGAAAAUAGGAAGAAGCUUAUGUAAAAUUAAGAGAUUAUUAAAUGAAUGUUUAUGAUUAAAGAGAAGAUUAAAAAAAGAAAGAUAAAGAAAGAAAGUAAUAAAUGGAGAAAGAAUAAAGAGAUAGAUAAGUUAGAGAAGAGGAAAAGAAAAGAUUUUUAGAGAAAAAGAAGUAGUCAGAAUAAGAUGCUAUAUUGGUUUAAAGAAUUUAGGAAGAAUUAAAAUUAGAGUAAAGGGAAAUACUUUAAAAAAAAGAAAUUGAAAAAAGAAAAUUUAUAGAAAUGAUGGAGGAAAAUGAAAAAAAUAGAUAGAAAUAAAUUUAAGAUGAAAUUGCCGAAAAAUAAUUAGAAAUAGAUAUGCAAAGAAAAUAUAUUGCUUUAUAAUAAAAACUAGAAUAAGAAAGAGAAUCUGAAAAGAAAGAAAGAGAAGAUAAAAUAAAGAAGAUUAUGAGUGAUUUUUCAUAAACUGUUGUAAAGAAUCAAAAAGAUCAAAUAAAGUAUAAUUUUAUUUAAAAUUAGAGCUGAAGAUGAUAAAAUGAUGAAAGCUAUUCUUAUGUAAAAUUAAAUAGAAUAAAAUGAUGAAGAAUUCAAAAAAAAAUAGAUAAAAUAGUAAUAGUAGGAGAUGAGAUAAUAUUUAAUCAAAUAAAUGGAAGAUAAAAAGUAUUUAUAAAAUGAUUAUUAAAGAUAGAAAAUUAAAGAAGAAGAAGAAUUAAAUAAGAAACAAGCUUAAGUUUGGCAAUAAGAUUUAUAAAUGUAUUAGACACAUGAAAAAUAAAAAUUUAAUUACAUAAAAGAUGUAAAUUCAAAACAUCAAGAAAUUCUUAAAUAAUAAAUAGAUGAAAGAAAAUCAUAGUAGAGACCAAGAAAUAAAAUGAAUAAUGAAGAAUUAAUGCAUAAUAAGCCUUUACUAAGAGAAUUAGCAGAUAAAUAAGAGGCAAUAAAGGUUAGAAAGAUAAAUAUUUGAU